UCUCUUUUAAAACAUGGUUCGAUAAAAAGGGAAAUUGAAAAAUAAAAAAUAAAAAAAAUCAUAGUUUGUUUCUAAAGAAUUUCUGGGAAAUGGCAAAGAUGGCAUUUGAGAAUGAUAUUGGCAUGCAAAGAGGACGGCAAGGGUCCAAAACACAUCCGCUUUUGUUCUCUCUCUCCCUCUCUCUCUCUCUGCCUCUCGACGACUUGUUCUCGUCUCUGUUUUCUCUCUGAUUCUGAGGAUUCCCAUCUUUCUCUUCAAGUUCGAUCAGCUUCUCUUUCGAUCAAACGGUGUCCAGAUUUUGGUUUUUUUGUUUCCCAUUAAUUUUUGUUGUUGGUAGUUCUGGGUUUGGUCGGAGAUGUCGAAUUUGCAUAGCAAUUUCAACCAGAAGAUCGAUUAUGUAUUCAAGGUCGUGCUGAUCGGAGAUUCUGCGGUGGGAAAGUCCCAACUUUUAGCUCGAUUUUCAAGGAACGAGUUCAGUUUGGAUUCAAAAGCAACUAUUGGGGUUGAGUUCCAGACCAAGACGCUCGUCAUCGACCACAAGACCAUCAAGGCCCAGAUAUGGGACACUGCAGGCCAGGAAAGAUACAGAGCGGUGACAAGUGCAUACUAUAGAGGUGCUGUUGGAGCAAUGCUGGUCUAUGACAUAACCAAGCGUCAAUCAUUUGAUCAUGUGGCUAGGUGGCUAGAGGAAUUGCGGGGUCAUGCUGAUAAAAAUAUUGUCAUCAUGCUUGUAGGCAACAAAACUGACCUUGGCUCUCUUCGAAAUGUCUCAACCGAGGAUGCAAAAGAAUUUGCCCAAAUGGAGAACCUUUUCUUUAUGGAGACAUCAGCACUUGAGGCCACUAAUGUUGAAUCAGCUUUCCUCGCAGUCCUGACUGAAAUUUAUCGAAUCAUCAGCAAAAAAGCCCUUACUGCCAAUGAGGAGCUGGAGUCUGGAGGGAGUGCAUCACUUCUUAAGGGAACAAAGAUUGUUGUCCCUGGACAAGAGCCACAACCUGAAGGGAGAUUCAGUUGCUGCAAGACUUCAUAAGAUUGUACUUCAUAACCUACCGUCACAUGGAUUUCUGCUGUUUAUAAUUCUGUAGAUCCUGUACAACAUAUUGACGCACCCCGGGUUUUUCUAGAUUUUGUAUUACUGCUCAAUGAUGCGGUAACUUUGACAUGUUCUUGCUUGCAGCCGACUUGAAUUCAUUUACAUGAUUAUUGUUUAGCAGAAUUCUUUGGCUGUGCUAAAGUAUGUAUUAAUGCACACUACCAGGUUCAUGCCUUCGUACGAGAAACUAGGCAAAAGAAGCCUCCUUAUGGAAAGAAUAUGGCUUCUCUAUUGUAUAAUCUUCAUAUUUUGAUAAAAAAAGGAUUUCUUUCAAA